AGCUUAUGCAUAGAUCGUUUCUGGACAUAAUAAUUUCAGAAGAGCUGUGCCACUGUUCCACGACUGACAUGGGGGGCAGUAAAGACCCAAAAGCGUCUCUGACUGAAUCCGCACGAAGAAGAACAAAGGAAAACAAAACAAAAGUCCCCAUGUGUUUAUUUCCCUCAUGGUUUUGUCAUGCCACCUAAAAAACGACAUAAUGAUUCCGAAACGGGUAAAAAGAAUAAGAAAGAGAAACGAGGAGAACUGGCGGAAAUUAACUCGGAUAUGAGGGAUCACGCUGUCCAGAAAUGCAUGGCAGACGCAUGGCAGAGGAAAGAGAGCUACUCAAAUGGUAACAUCCACCUGGAUUGUGAGCCCUUCCCUCACUGUCAGAUCACUAAUUUCCUGCAGAAUGAGAGCUUUGUGGAGAGUCUGCGAGCAGAGCUUCUGCAGCUGAAUUUCAACAGCAAGUCAAAUGACUUGUACAAGUUUCAACAGUCAGAUGAUAUGAGAAAGAGAAAAGAACAUCAUGUAGCCCAAAUAAGGUCUGUGAUUUUUGGGGAGUUUCGUGAGUGGUUGUCGGAGGUGCUGCAGGUUGAUCUGGAGGCGACUGUUGAUAUGUCCUGUUCCAAGUACGAGCAUACAGAUGUUUUGCUGUGUCACGAUGAUGAGCUGGAGGGACGAAGAGUUGCAUUUAUCCUCUAUCUAGUUCCUCCCUGGGACGUGAACGAUGGAGGGACCCUGGACCUGUUCAGCACUGAUGAACACUGUCAGCCAGUGAAUGUUGUCAAAUCUCUGCUUCCUUGCUGGAACUCUCUGGUGUUUUUUGAAGUGUCCCCAGUUUCCUUCCAUCAGGUGGCAGAGGUUCUUUCUGAGGAGAAGUGCCGUUUAUCUCUUAGUGGAUGGUUUCAUGGUCCUUCCCUUCCAAGGCCCUCACGCUUUAUUGAACCCCCAGUUCCCCGUCACCUUCAUAUCCCCAGAGAUGAGAGUUUGCUAUUUGAGUGGGUGAAUGAGAUGUACCUGGAUCCACGCUAUCAGGCUCGGGUACAGCAGGAGUUCGAAGAGAAUUCAGAGAUUUGCUUGCCUAGUUUCUUACAGGAGGAGAAACUGAAGCAGGUGCGCAGUGCAUUGCAGUCGUCUGAAAUCCAGUGGGAGAGGAGGGGGCCGCCCAAUAAAAGGUGUUACAGCUGUGCUGAUAUGCAGAGCUUCCCAACUUGUGUACAGGAGUGCUGGGAACUCCUCUCCUCUGAGCCGUUCUUCAUCCUCUUGUCCAACCUGACCGGCCUCAGUCUACACUAUCUGUGCAUCAAUGAGGAUGAGAGCGAAGAUGAAAAGAGCGAGACAGAAAACAGAGAUGGAGAGGACAAUACACAAGCAGGGGGUUCCAGUGCUGAUGCCGAUGCUUCAUCAGCUGAGAAGAAGGACAAAGGUGAUCAGCGUGUACAUGUGUUGAUUCUGCAAAGAUCAAUUUUUACAUCUACAGUGAUUUACAUGUUUUGUAUUCAUGCAGGACCCCCAACUUGUGUAGGAGAACUGCGUCGCUGGGCACAUGGAGACUACACAUUGUUGCAUGACUGUGUCAAAAGAGAGUAUGCAUUGGAUCUGCAGCUUCACAUGGGCUGUGCAGGGUGGAAGUCGGAGUUUGGGGGAUUUACAUCCUAUAUUGCAAAUGAUGAAGAUGAGGAGCUCCUCACGGUGUAUCCUGAAGAUAACUCCCUCGCUCUGGUAUACAGAGACAAAGACACCCUCAAGUUCAUCAAACAUAUCAAUAAGAACAGCUCCAGCCACCUUUCGUCACCGAAUACCACAGCUUUCUAUGACUUCUCUUUUAACUACUAUGAAUGAUGAGAGAAAAUCGGAUGUUUGACUGGCUGACUGAUUGAAUGUGAGUUGUCAAAGCAAAGUGCAUUGGCUGUACAUUUCAGAUCAAUUUGAGUUCAAUAUACACACAGACAAGAGUUUGGUAUUCAAGAGGCACAUUAAUUUUUUAAUGUGCAUGUAUUUCAAUCCGACAUAAAUUACAAUGUUACAUUUGAUGCUCAAAAUGAAAUUUAAUCAUUUAGUUGUUAAAAGACCAACUGUGCUUUAAUGUCAAUAAAUUAAUAAUAAACAUUUGAAUAAUGACAUUUGCGUUCUUUUGAUUGUGU